AUGUUUUCUGAAUAUGCCUCACGGUUUCUCGCCCAGUCACAGUCACGAAUAAACCUUCAACCAGACGAGGCCCAAAGGACGGGUCGUGGCCGCCCUAAUGUACAAGGCAAUCCUCGACAUCCCUCGUCACGCUCGUUUCUGCGACCCGGUGAUCCUUAUCGUCCUGCCGGAUCUCAAGUCUCUCACUUCCCUUUUGCCUCUCGGGGUGCGGCCCAACCGGCACCUCUCUUUUUCAGUGCCACGGAUGAGUUCCGAGAAGAGGACGACGAAACUGAACGCGAGCGAGAGAUCGCAGACUUCUAUGCGCUGCAGCGUUCAAGGCGCAACUUCGGAGACAGCAAUCUGAAGGACUCCUCAGAACUUGAAGACUCUGGACCGUCGGGGCUCGAUGAGAGUUCGCCAUACGAUGAGCGCCCUGGGAAUGGGAAAGGUAUCAAGAGUUCAUGGCGGGGAGAGAAGAGCAUUCCAGCUGCCCGACCUUUCCCGAUUGAAUCGGUGGCCGAGGUCACAGAGCACGAACCGGGAUUCCAUACAAGCCCCAGCAGUAGCAAAGUCCGCGGUCAUCUAGUUGAUGUCGGCCUAGAGGAUUCGUUGCGAGCUGGCAUCAACGACGACCAGGCAUUAUCUACCCAUAGUGCCCAAGAUCCACCGGUUCAAAGAUUCCGUGAACGGGCUCCUUUAAGAGACAUUGGAGCCAACCCGCUGGAUCCUAUUGAAGAGCAGGACUUCAUGCCUCAAGAUGGCGCACGGCCACCGAGCUCGACAGGUUCAUUCCCAGUCUCUGGAUCGCCUCUGGCCUCGGAGAACAUAGUGCAUGAUGCUUUCUGGGGUCAGCUGUUCUUCAUAUCGCUCGCGGGCUUAUUUGCUUCUGCCUUCCUGGUGUACCUGCACACAUCCACCCCGUCUGGAGACAAAUCAAAGUGGGGCGACACAAUAUAUCUGACUGUCCAUGGAUCUUUCUUUCUACUCGGGAUCUAUACUAUUGUAUCAAUUCUUGUCUCUCUUCUCUGGCUUGCAUUGCUACGGUCUUACGUACGACUAUUGGUUCAUGUGAUCAUUGUCGCCGUUCCGGUCAUACUCUACUCGUUCUCUUUAUACCCUUUCAUUUCAAGCUUCAAGGGGACAUGGCACGGAACAAGCAUACAAGAUAAGGCUAUGAGAUGGGGAUCAAUCGUACCGUUUCUCAUAGCUACCAUGUGGAGUUAUAAUGUCGUCCGCGGGCGCCACAACAUCGGAAAAGCCAUCGGCAUCCUUGAGUUCGCCUGUCGAAUCUUAGCCGCCAAUCCAGAGUUACUUGCCCUAGGCCUGUGUGCUCUUGUCUGUGUUGUAUCUUGGACAUGGAUUUGGAUGCUCAUGUUCACUCGUGUCUUCCUGGGGGGCCAUCUCACCAGCUCAAAAUCAUUCAUUAUCGACGUGGGUAGCUGGUGGCUCGGGAUUUAUUUCGUCCUCGUCUACCUAUGGUCCAUUGGAGUCAUCGCAGGCGUUCAGCGGGCUGUCACGGCUGCAACAGUGAGUCAGUGGUAUUUCCACCGUCUCGCAACACCCGCUCCAACCUCCAGGCAAAUUGUCCAGGCAGCUAUUAUUCAUGCGGUCACGACUCUUUUCGGCACAAUAUCCCUGUCUAGACUCCUGGGGCUUCUGGUUCGACUACCUUUGAUCAUACUACCUGGCCGCCUCGCCUCGAUCAUCACUCUGUUUGCCUAUUCAUUAGUCCCAACUCCCAUCACCUACUUGACCAACCCACUGUCGCUCAGCUAUGCAGCAAUCCAUUCACAGCCUCUUGGCGUUUCAUCUCGAGGGCUGAGUCAGAUGACUGUUCUUGCUCCAUCGGCAGCUUCCACUUCUUUACACCCUCGGUCUUAUUCGCGGUCCCCGGGAGGUUCAGGAAGCCUGCUCUCUUAUCGACUCUCUAAAUUGAUCCUCUACGCCGCCCGGUUCAUGAUGUCGUUGGCUCUCGGCUUUGGUGGUUGGGUGACCACCGCUCGAAGUCUCACAACCUCUGGCACCGGCACCGGCGUCCGCGGAAGCCUCUAUGCCUACGUCGUCGGCCUCAUCGCUGGGACGAUCGGGUGGACCACGCUAGGUGCUAUGGAGGGUGUGAUCGCUGAUAUCGUCGACGCCGCUGUCAUUUGCUGGGCAAGUGAAGUUGGUAUCUAUGGUCGAGAGGCCCGGUAUUGCCGCGAGGCCGGUUGGCUCUUUGGUGAUUCGCAAUCCCGGUUUGGACAGGAAUACCAAGAGGUCUAG